AUAAUAAUAUUGUAAAGUUCCAUAUUUAAUAGCGAUUAUAAAAUUAGAUAGUUAUUUACAUUUAUCUACGUAGAAACAAUCAUGGGAGAUGAAGUUGCGUCUGAAAGUAAUGUUCCUAUUCAAAAUAAUCAACAGCAACAACAGCAGCCGAGUCGUAUGGAAAGCUUUAUUGCUAUCACAAAAUCACUUGUUAUUAGGGCUAUUAUAAUAUAUUUCGUCACAUCAUUCUUUCGUCGUCCACAAGCUCAACAACCUCAACGAGCUGAUUCAACAUCACCAAACGGAAGAGUUCUACCAUCGUGGAAUUUCUUUGAAAACGGAACUAUGUUUGAUAUUUAUUUUUACGUAUCUGAAGAUUAUGAAUUUAAAAAGUUCAGUGAUCCUUCAUCUUUAGUCUGGUUCCAAGAUGGAUUGAUUUACGGUGACUGGUAUAGUGGGAAAAAUCAUGAUGGAUCCUAUAGCAAAUCUACGAAAAUCAAAGCUUCAGAAAAACUUCAGAACAACGGUACAAUAUAUUUGCAUACUUAUGUUGUAAAAACUGGAAAGUCACCAGAUCCAGCAGCAGGCGAUGAGUAUGCUGGCUUCGAAGUGGCUUACAAUCGACGUCAACUCAAUAAGUUUAAGAAGGUUCGUUAUCAAAAGACGCAAAAUCUUUUGACUGGAACAAGUGAGAAAUCGGCAGAAGAAAUUGCAAAAGCUGAAGUCAUGUCAAAAGAGAUCGUCAAUCAUUGGCAUCCAAAUUUGACAGUUAACAUUAUUGUAGAUCAAACAAAUUGGGUUAAAGGAACGAUUCCUCCACCAUUAGAUGAACAUGUAACCUUUCUUCCCAUUGGACAUUCCUAUUUGCCUAUUUUAUUUGUAAACGACUAUUGGAACAUGUUACGAGAUUAUCAGCCGAUUAAUACCACAACACCUGUUCUCGAUCUUACAAUCACCUUCCAACCUUUGUCCCUGUUUAAAUUUCAAUUGUAUGCAUCACAAGGAAUGCGAAAUAAAUGGACGAGUUCAAUGUUUGGUGAAACAUUAUCGGGUGCUGCUGAUGAACAGGAUGAAGAUCAAGAUUCUCUAAAAGAAACUUUAUUAGAGACAAAUCCUUAUUUACUUGCUGUGACUUUCAUUGUGUCAAUUCUUCAUACAGUUUUUGAACUUCUGGCAUUUAAGAAUGAUAUUCAAUUUUGGCGUGAAAGAAAAUCUCUCGAAGGAUUGAGUGUCCGUUCUGUGUUCUUUGCAGUUUUCCAAUCAUUAAUUGUUCUUCUUUAUGUGCUCGAUAAUGAAACUAAUUUUAUGAUCAGAAUGAGUUGCUUCAUUGGCCUCGGUAUAGAACUUUGGAAGAUUCAAAAAGUGGUGAAUGUAACAAUAAAUUACGAAAACAAAUUGUUUGGAUUUUUACCUCGUAUAUGGUUCACCGACAAAGGAUCCUACAUUGAAUCAAGCACAAGACAAUAUGAUAAUUUAGCAUUCAAAUAUCUUGGUUGGCUUUGCUUUCCUCUUCUCGUCAGCUAUGGAUGUUACUCACUUUUAUAUCAGGAGCAUCGCGGUUGGUAUUCAUUUACUUUAAAUAUGCUUUAUGGAUUUUUGUUGACAUUUGGAUUCAUUAUGAUGACGCCUCAACUCUUCAUCAACUAUAAACUGAAAUCUGUCGCACAUUUACCAUGGAGAAUGAUGACUUACAAAUUUUUGAAUACUUUCAUCGACGAUAUUUUUGCGUUUGUUAUUAAAAUGCCGACCAUGUAUCGAUUGGGAGUCUUUCGUGAUGACAUUGUGUUCUUUAUUUUCUUGUAUCAACGUUGGAUCUACAAAGUUGACAUGAAACGUGUCAAUGAAUUUGGUUUCUCAGCAGAGAUGCUUGAGGAAAAAAACAAAAAUCAAAGUGUCACCAAUUCUAAUGAUUCAGCUAUUGAAGCGAUAGAUGAAGCAUCAGAACCAAGAACUAAUAAAAAAGACGAUUAGUUUUAUUCUUAAAUAAAUUAUUUUAAUUUUGCGUUAAAGCUUAGAAUUGAAUUUUUUUCAACUUGAUGAUAAAUGUGUUGAAAAUAACUCCCAAAGAAAAGUCUGAACACAAAACAUUUCAUAACUUGUUGAUGAUUUAAUAAAAAGGAAA